UUUGUCAUUUCAACAGGGAAGUAGGCAGGACAAACAAAUAGGCACCGCCAGGCUUGGUUGUGUUGUCUGGGUGUUUGCUUCAAGGCUGCUUCCUGCGUCUCGCUCCGCUCAGGGUUUUAAUUGACAGGGUAUCAUCUUCUUAACGGACCUAGAAAAUGAGCAACAUUCCCCUCUCUCGCUCUGAGGUGUUUGGGCAGCUGAGGAAAGAGCUGCAUGAAGAUGUAGAGUUCCAUCAGUCUGAUGUUCACAUCUUCAUCAUCAUGGGAGCGUCGGGAGAUCUGGCAAAGAAAAAGAUCUACCCAACUUUAUGGUGGUUGUUCAGAGACGGCCUCCUCCCUGAGCAGACGUAUUUCGUGGGUUUUGCUCGCUCUGACCUGACAGUUGAUGCCAUCCGCACAUCUUGCAUGCCAUACCUGAAGGUAGCGGACACAGAGGCAGAGCGGUUGUCAGUCUUCUUCAGCAGGAACACAUAUCUCAGUGGGAAAUACACAGACGAGGCUUCUUUCUCCAAACUUAAUACUCACAUCCUGUCUCUACCGAGAGGAGCUCAAGCAAACCGUCUCUUCUACCUGGCACUGCCACCUUCAGUUUACCACGAUGUUACCAAGAACAUCAAGCACCACUGCAUGAGCACAAAGGGUUGGAACAGGGUGAUUGUAGAGAAGCCAUUUGGACGGGAUCUUCAGAGCUCUGAGGAGCUGUCUGCUCACCUCUCAUCCCUCUUCACUGAAGAUCAGAUCUACCGUAUAGAUCACUAUCUAGGCAAAGAAAUGGUGCAGAACCUCAUGGUGCUCAGGUUUGGGAACCGAAUCUUUGGGCCAAUCUGGAACAGAGACAGUGUGGCCUGUGUUGUUCUUACCUUCAAAGAACCAUUUGGCACUCAAGGACGAGGAGGCUACUUUGAUGAUUUUGGCAUCAUUCGAGAUGUCAUGCAGAACCACCUUCUCCAGAUGCUCUGCCUGGUUGCCAUGGAGAAACCAGCUUCCACCAGCUCUGAUGAUGUCAGGGAUGAAAAGGUGAAGGUGCUGAAGUGUAUUGCUCCAGUGUCCAUGUCGGAUGUGGUGCUGGGUCAGUAUGUGGGGGACCCAGAAGGCGAAGGAGACGCCAAGCUGGGCUACCUUGAUGACCCAACAGUACCAAAAGGAUCAACUCAGGCCACCUUUGCUACCGUUGUGCUCUAUGUGCACAAUGAACGCUGGGAUGGUGUUCCUUUCAUCCUUCGCUGUGGAAAAGCUCUGAAUGAGAGGAAAGCUGAAGUGCGACUGCAGUUUACAGAUGUCCCAGGAGACAUUUUUGGAAAUAAUUGUCGAAGGAAUGAGCUGGUGGUGCGUGUGCAGCCCAACGAGGCCAUCUACGCCAAGAUGAUGAGCAAGAAACCCGGUGUUUACUUCAGCCCUGAAGAAACCGAGCUAGACCUUACCUACAAGAGCAGAUACAAGGAUGUUAAGCUUCCUGACGCUUAUGAACGUCUCAUCCUGGAUGUGUUCUGUGGAAGCCAGAUGCACUUCGUACGCAGUGAUGAACUGAGGGAAGCUUGGAGGAUCUUCACCCCUCUCCUUCAUCACAUAGAGAAAGAGAAGCCGCAGCCUAUUCCUUACAAAUACGGAAGCCGUGGCCCCACAGAAGCAGAUGACCUUGUACAGAAAGUUGGAUUUCGCUAUGAAGGCACUUACAAAUGGGUCAACCCACACAGACUUUGAGUUGUGAUCAGAUGAGGAAGUAGAGGUAGAGUAGGAGGGGUGCAGCAGGGUAAGCGAGCCAUCAUUACUGGAGGGAUUUUUGAGGAAGGAGGUGAUUCUGCUAUGUGGAUCCAUUGAGCAGCAAAUAAGAUUAUUCCUUAGAGCCUGCUCAUCAAACAUUCAAAUGAAAAUAUUGAAUUCACAAUUUUCAUACAAUAACUUUAAAAGUCUUACUUUACAUUGGGACCAAGUUAAUUUAAGAAGAGUAAAAGAAGAUAUUUUGUAGAAAUGAUAAAUGUCUCAUGAGCUGGCUCUCUGUCUUUGUCUCCAAGAAUAGUACUUAGUCAUGGUGGUAAAAGCAACGAGAGCAGAACAACCUGGGUCAUGUUCAGGCUAUGUAAACCAAAGAUGGUACCUGAACCCAGCAAAGGCGAGGAACAGGGACAAGUGUCCACCAGCUGUGACUCUUAAAACCUUUUGAUUGUAUGACCAGUAUCACUGCAUUUAUUAGUAACACAUAGGAAUAUUGUUUUUUUGUUUUUACAACUUAUGUUCUUUUUUACCUUCCCUGCCUGGGACCAAGCACAUCCGUGUUAAAAAUCAACACUGUCGUUUGCAGGUGAUUCAGGUAGCGUCUCAAAAGCUUUCAUUCAACAGUCUUAAAUGUCCUUCUGGACGAGGAAAACAAGCUGCGUUUUGUUUUAUAGCUUCCUUCUGAGCUUCAUUCCAUGUUUUGUUUACAUUUUUCCCCCACAUUUAAGUAACUUAGCAUUCAUGUUUUAAAAUAUCCCGACAGCAGCUGUGUCUUCCACAGGUCAGCAAUGAAUGUCUGAUGGCACACUGUACGCUGCUGUCCACUGCGCACAUGUAAGAGAGCUAAACUUGCACCGCUUGUAAUAAACUAGUUUUGCUUCUG